UUCCACUCUUUACUUCCGGGUCAGGAGAGAAGCGCGCUUACUAAGUUCUAUUUCCAGUGGUGACGGCUGUUUGCUUGUGGGACGUUAGCGUUUGGUACACCGUGGUGUUAGUACAAGUAACGUUCGGACAUGGCAGACAUUACCGUCGGUUCCAGGAUUAUCUGUGACGAAAACUACGGGACGGUGAGAUAUGUGGGGGAGGUGCCGCCCACAAAAGGCCUGUGGUUUGGUGUGGAAUGGGAUGACCCCAGCCGAGGCAAACAUGACGGAGCACAUGAAGGCACCAGAUACUUCACUACCAGGCACCCCACUGGAGGCUCGUUUGUCCGUGCCAAGAAGGUGGACCCUGUGAGGCAGACAUGUUACGAGGCCCUGACGGAUAAGUACGGUAUGGCGGAGGACGGAGACACAGGCAUCAACGAGGAAGACCUGUAUGUCAUGGGCAGGUCAACGAAAAAGAUUAUGGUGGAAAUGGUUGGAGCUGAGAAGGUGUCCAAACAACAAAGCCAUGAAAAUCUACGCGAAGUCGACUUGAGGGACCACAAGAUUGUCGGUGCCGGACCAGAUGGCAUUCUCCAGAAAGCAGCACCUCACAUCACAGAACUUGACUUGUCCAAGAACCUGCUCCCGUCUUGGGAGGAAGUUGCCAAGAUCACAUCCCAGUUCCACUGCCUAGAGAUACUGCAUGUCAGUGAGAAUCUGUUAGAGGAACCAGAGGACCCUGCUAGCCUGUCCCCAGCACUGCAGACAAUCAGGACCAUUUUCUACAACAGAGUCCAACUACAGACAGAACAGUUACUGAGGUGUUCUACCAUGUGGCCAGCUCUUCGCGAACUCCACAUCUGUUUCAACAGCAUCACAGUGUUAGAUAGUUUAGGGACACAGUUUCCUGCCCUGACCCUGCUCAACCUGGAGGGGAACCUGCUGCAGGACUGGGAGGAAGUUCUGAAACUCGGGGACAUGAAGAGUCUGGAGACCCUGAUAGUGAAUGACACCGGCCUGACCAGAAUUGCCUUCAAAGACACGGGUGUUGGUGAGAAAUCUGGCCUGUUUCCCAACCUCAAGUCCCUCUCCAUCAGUAGGAACAAGCUGGAAAAUUGGGGGGACAUCAAUGAGUUGGAUAAGCUGCAGAACCUGGAGGAGUUGGAAUGUCGCAGUAACCCUGUGUUGAGCCAGGAGACAGACAAGAUGGCCGUCAGACUGCUGCUGAUCGCCAGGAUAGGAGGCCUCAGGACCUGCAACAGGAGUCAGGUUACUGUGAAAGAGCGAGAGACUGCUGAGUUGGACUACAUUAAGAAAUACGGGCUUGUGUGGCUGAAAGCAGGAGGUGACCCAGAACCAGACAAAAACAAACCUACCCUGGACUUCCAACAGACACAUCCAAGAUUUGCUGAACUCAUAGCAAAGUAUGGGGCUCCUAACAAGAUGGAGUUGGAACCAGUCACCACAGCUUUGAAAAAGGCUCUUAUUUCUGUGAAAAUAGUUUGUCCAUCAAAGGGGGACAAAGUCUACAACAAGAAGCUACCAGGUACCAUGACAGUGCAGAAGCUGAAGAUCUUGAUCCAGCGACUGGUCAAGGUCAACAUCACUGAUCAGAAGUUGUCUUACACCAGUGGGAAGGAAGAUCUGGAGGACAAUCCUGAAAUUGAACUGGACAACGACAUGCGAGACCUGACCUUCUACUCCAUAGAGAACGGGGACAUCAUCUCAGUACAGGUGGAGUCCAGCUGACCUGGGACCCUCUUCCAGCUCACUGUCGGAGACUUCUGACAUAAAUUACAUACCUUAAGGGCUGGUCACAUUUGUCGUGUCGUAACCUUAACUUAAGAUAAAAAAAAUGAGAGCAUUCUUACAGCCCUGUCUGUCUGAAUCAUGGCAAUCAAGCACUGACAUGAAAAUAAUGUAUGCUAGAGCUUAGAUUCUUUUGAUGACAAAAUGUCCAAAGCUAUGCAAGGUCUUUAGCUACUAGUGACUAUUGAGAUACAUGUACAUGUAGAUGCAUUCCAGCCACAAUUGUUAUAAUGACUUGUAAUCAUUCAAAUGUUUAUGACACAAAGGUAUUUGUCUUUGGGUUAUCAUGUACAUGAACUACUACUACUGGUAUUGCUUGUGUACAAAUGUAAUUGUUGAUGAUCAGGUGUUGUAUUGGAAGUGAAUGCUACUUUCAUUCUGAAAUCAAUUUAAAACUUUUUUAUUCCGAAUUUCUGCACAACAUUUACUUCGCAACAAAA